GUUGUCCUCGGAAAGUUGCUGCGGCCUCUUCUCAGCAAACCAGCAAAGUCAUUGUUGCCGUCCUCGAUGGCCACGCUCAGCUCCUUGCCCGAGUAUGCGAUUGCGUGCUCAAAAUCGCGCGAGAUUGUGGAGCAUCGUCCGGACUACGUUGCUCAAAUCCGAAACGAAGUCCCAAAGUACAUCUACAGACGUCACCCUGGACUACUGGAGCGCCUGUCUGCCUUGCUGGACGCAACCGUCAUCUUUGCACAAGAUCACGCCGGGACAGGCGUCUGCGUCAGCAAGGAUGGCUUAAUCUUGACUUGCGCGCAUUGCCUCGACGACGAAACGAUCGGAGCUCGUCGAAUCGUCCUCUUCCCUGAUGGGCGCAAGUGUGUCGUCGAAUGUGUCGCCAAGGAUGACGUGCGCGACUGUGCGUUGAUGCGAGUUGUGCAGGUGGAUCGGAAAGUCGUUCGCGCGUCGGACAACAUUUCGUUUCCAUUUGCCUCGCUUGCUAGCCAGGGCGCUCUCCCGUGCUCGCUUGCAUUCUGCAUUGGGCAGCCUGCUUCUGACGACGAAGCGUCAAACUAUCCAUUGUUUUUCACCUCGCGUGGUGUGAUUCUUGGAUACCAGUCGAGCGGCGAAGAUUUGCACCGGAACGACGAGAUUGGUCAACUUAUUCACUCGUGCUGGACAUAUUGGGGUCACAGCGGUGCCCCGAUUGUGAACGAGGACGGACUAAUUGUUGGGAUGCAUUCGAGUUGGGAUGAUAAAACAAACCGUCAUGGCAUUCCGCUUGAAGCGAUUCGAGCGUUCAUGAAGAGCGUUUGACUUUCGUGCAUGUGAGAGUUUGCGAGUUUUUGUCCACACUCGCCCGCCCAGGUAAUCAAUCGCAUUCGGGGAUUCAGUAGUCAGCCACGUUUGUCUGCUCACUAGAAUCACCGACUUCGGGACGGCAGAAGGGGGAAAGAUGGAAUGGAUGUUGGAAACGUGGUACUGUCGAUCUUUUUUGUUUUUUCCUUUUUUUGCUUACCGAUCUGCCUUGCGAUCUAUUGUUAAAUAAAUACAUUAUAGACACGA